GGUUUUUCUCAGCUGCUGUCAAAUCAAAUCGCAGUUGUGACUCUGAUUUAUUAUUAUUUCGUUAUUUUCACACGAGUUCAUGAGUGAAAUUUGAUUUAUAAUUGUUUAUAGUGUUAGCUAAGAAGUGUGCCUGUUUAAUAAGUGACAAAAUGUCUCAAUUCAAUUAUCUAAACGAUUUGAAGAGCUUAGCCACAUUAGAUGGACCGAUCACCAGGGGCCCGCUGCAACGCUGGGUAAAGAAAUCAAACAAUGAAAACCACAAUCCAUCAAUGAGUACCUCUUUCAAAAAUAUAUCCAAUGUGAACAUUAGUACGUGCAAUCAAUCCAUGCAGAAAAUGUCGAUAUCAGCUAAUCAAAGUUGUAACAAUAGUGUAUUAUCAAGUAACAAAACCCCUAAUCGAAAUGACAAUAAAAAAGGAAAGAAAACUCCGUCCAAAAAUAGGACUCCAGGUCGAUCAACAACGCCGACCCCUAACAAAGCUUCAAAGACACCAAACAAAGCAGACAGAUUCAUUCCAUCACGAACCAAUUCUAAUUAUGAUCUGUGUCAUUAUAUGAUGAGUCGUGAUGAUGACAAAGGGGAAGAUGUAGUAGCUCAGACAGCUGCUGGUGAAGCAAUUGGCAGAGCCCUUUCAGAUGCCGAGCCUGGGCGACUUCUACAAUACACAUGCAAAGCACCAGCUGCACCUGAAGGCUAUCAGAACAGACUGAGGGUUGUGUAUUCACAGGCCAAGGUUCCAUCAUCAGUGAAAAAUACCACACGGUACAUACCACAAGCUCCAGACAGGAUUUUGGAUGCACCUGACAUUUUGGAUGAUUACUAUCUUAAUUUAGUGGACUGGAGUGCAUCUAAUAUCUUAGCUGUUGCUUUGGGAAGCUCUGUAUACUUAUGGAAUGCAGGCACUGGCCAAAUAGAACAGCUUCUCACCCUAGAAGGAUCAGAGACUGUUUGUUCAGUGCAAUGGGUUCAAGGAGGUGGAUCCCAUUUAGCUGUUGGAACUUCUUCUGCUACUGUUGAACUUUGGGACUGUGAGAAAAUUAAAAGACUGAGGGUGAUGGAUGGCCACACCGGGCGCGUUGGUUCACUCGCGUGGAAUAUGUACAUCGUGUCGAGCGGUGCCCGCGACGGGAACAUCGUUCAUCACGACGUACGGCAACGCGACCACGCCGUCGCAACCAUCACGGCUCAUACGCAAGAGAUUUGUGGCUUGAAAUGGUCACCGGACGGGCGGCAUCUCGCAUCGGGCGGUAACGACAACCUCCUGAACAUUUGGCCGAUUGUACAAGGACAUCACUAUUCCCAGCCACAGUAUCUAUAUUCAUUCAAUCAGCACUUGGCAGCAGUGAAGGGUCUAGCGUGGUGUCCAUGGAGUUCAGGGAUACUAGCAUCAGGCGGCGGCACAGCUGAUCGCACCAUACGCAUAUGGAACGUUAACACCGGCGCCAACCUCAACACCGUGGAUACCAAGUCACAGGUGUGCUCUAUUCUAUGGAGUACGCACUAUAAAGAGCUGAUCUCCGGUCACGGAUACGCCAACAAUCAGCUGGUAAUAUGGAAGUAUCCAUUGAUGAGUAGAGUGGCCGAGUUGACCGGUCACAUGGCUCGAGUGUUACACCUCGCAUUAUCUCCAGAUGGAACCACUGUAUUAUCCGCUGGUGCUGAUGAAACAUUACGUCUUUGGAAAUGCUUCAUGUUGGAUCCAGCUAAAAAGAAGGAGCCCACUGAUUCCAAGGCAGCAAAAUCACUUUUGAAUCUCAAUUCCUUAAUUAGAUAAUUUGAAAACACUUAAAUGGAACAAAAUGUGUAAAAAUAAUUGCAUACAGAAUGUAGAUUGAUUUUAUAAUUGAUUUACUUCAAGACGUUUUGAGUACAUUUAAGUACUUAAAGGGGUUUUUAUUCCCAAUGUAAUAAAUGUAGAGACUGCUAGACAAGACGACUGAUGUGAUAAUGUAGAAUCUAUAGUAUUAGACUAAUUAACCCGAUGGUUUUUGUAAGUUAAAAAGUUAGAUAUGUUGUUAUCUAUUCUUUGUACCAUCUCUAUUGUUUUCAUAAAAUCUCUGUGACAUUUUACCUUUUAAUCUAACUAUUGUAUUGUAUCAAAUUAUUUACUUCAGUAUUUCUUUUCAAUCAACUAAUUUUGACAUGAUUUUUCAAGAUAUAAAUAUUUUUUGUGACACGCGAUUUAUACUUACAUUUUGUACAUGUUACGGUUUUCGACAAGCAGCGAAGUUGAGGUCGUAAAAUGUAACGCCGCGAAACUUUCUGUAUUUCUGUGUUACUAAUAUUUUCCCUUCCUGCUUUUCGUUUUCUCGCUUCUUUCAAUAUUUUGUUGAAGACAUUUCAUUACCUCGGCUUCCUUGUUUUAGUUCUUUAUAGGAAUUAUAUUGUGCGAUUCGUUUUAUUGUGAACUUUCUGCUGUUUUAAGCACGAAAUGAAUUUUGAUUAUGUGUAUGUCAUCGAGUUAAAUAAAAAUUGACGUUAUUG